CCAAAACCCCACAUCACAAGUUCACAACACAAGGAAACGCACGCCGCACCGGUCGAUCUCCAUGGGUCAAGCUGUCUCCGCCGCUUCUUCCUCCUUCCGCCGCAAAUCGCGGGCGCCGUCACCGGUUCCUCAGGCCACCGCCCCUCCAGCCGCGAAGGACCACGACCCGGAGCUCGUCCGCAUCUUCCGCCGGUACGACACCGACGGGGACGGCCGCAUCUCGGCCGCGGAGAUACGCGAGAUUUGGGGCUGCACGGACGCGGAGGCGCAGGAGAUGGUCGCCGAGGCGGACAGCAACGGGGACGGCUUGAUCAGCAUCGAGGAGCUCGGGGCCCUGCUCAAGGACGGGGGCUCGGAGGACUUGCCCACGGCGUUCGCGGUGUUUGACGAGAACGGCGACGGGGUGAUCACCCCCAAGGAGCUGCGCCGAGCGUUCCGCAUGCCGCUGCUCGGCGGGGAGGAGCACACGAUUGAGGAGUGCUUCAGGAUGGUCGCCGCGUUUGACCAGGACGGCGACGGCGUCCUCUCCUUCGACGAGUUCAAGGCCAUGAUGGCGCCCAAGAGCGCGUGAUCCGUUCGCCCUGUGGUCUGGGCAUGCUCCUCCCUCGUUCAUCGAUGCGCCUAGUUAUCGGCAAGUGUAACAGCUUUUUACGUUACAAGUUGUGAUGGGAUUAGUUUCUGGCUAGAAUUUGAGAGGAUGAUUCGGGAAUUUAAUUCCACCAAAUGUUUCGAUGUGAUUUCCUUAUGAUGUUCAUAUUGAUCAAUCUCGAUCCAAGGAAGUUAUAUAUCUUAUACGUACGA